CAGGGAGGGCGGUCGCCAUCGCGCAUGGCCGCGGUGCGCGGUGGCGGGGAAGUGCCCCGGUGCGGCGGCCGCGGGGUGCUCGGUGCGCGCCGGCGCCGCUCGUCCUCCUCGGCCCGGCCCCCGGCCGUCGCCGUCCCUCCGCGCUGAUUCUCUCCUCUCUCUCUUUUUUAAAAGUGUGACUGAAACAAAACAAAGCCAAAGGGACGCUGGAUCUAUCAUUGGUUGAUUUUCCUUCUCCUUUUUUUUUUUUUUUUAUGAUCAAAAACAAUCCCCCUAGCCCAGCAAACAAACACACACAAAAGCAGAAAGAGAGGGUCUUGCUCAAGCAGCAGCAUGGAUGUCUUGGCUAGUUAUAGUAUAUUCCAGGAACUCCAGCUUGUCCACGACACCGGCUACUUCUCAGCUUUGCCAUCCUUGGAGGAAAACUGGCAGCAGACAUGCCUGGAGUUGGAGCGAUACCUUCAGACUGAACCGCGGAAGAUCUCUGAGACCUUUGGUGAGGAUUUGGACUGUUUCCUUCAUGCCGCCUCAGCCCCAGAUGCAGAGGACAAUAUCCGACGGCUGGACCCCAUCCUUUUACCCGUGGAGACGAGUACGUGUGACAAAAGCACUAAUGUGGACAUUAUCCUCUCACGGGACAAGCUGCUCUCUGAGACGUGCCUCAGUUUGCAGUCCACCAGCUCUUCCACAGAAGGCUAUACAGCCGUCAACCAGGCCCAACUCAAUGCAGUAACCUCAUUAACACCCCCUUCCUCCCCAGAGCUCAGCCGCCACCUUGUAAAAACCUCACAGACUCUCUCAGCGGUGGAUGGCACGGUGACGUUGAAACUGGUGGCCAAGAAAACUUCACUCAGCUCCGUGAAAGUGGGUGUAGUGACAGCGACUGCGGGGACAAUAAAAGCUGGGCAGAGUGACAGUGAGCACGUUGGUACAGGGGCAGAAGCAUCCCCAGAAAACAAGAAGAGGGUUCAUCGCUGUCAGUUUAAUGGGUGCCGGAAGGUUUAUACAAAGAGCUCCCACUUAAAGGCUCACCAGAGGACUCAUACAGGUGAGAAGCCUUACAAGUGCUCGUGGGAAGGGUGCGAGUGGCGUUUUGCACGGAGCGACGAGCUCACGAGGCAUUACAGAAAGCACACGGGUGCAAAGCCCUUUAAAUGCAACCAUUGUGACAGGUGUUUUUCCAGGUCUGAUCACCUUGCCCUCCACAUGAAAAGACACAUCUAAAUACCAGUCAGCUUGGCACAGAUGUCAUCUGAGCUCAGUGUUGUGAGAUGAAAGUGGGACUCAAGUUUCAACGCGCUACCUUGCAGGAGACGAGAACUUGAUCACGUGUAAUCCUCUGUACAGAGACCACACACUCACACUGUCAUGCACGCGAUUAUACUUCAAUACGUACAUCAGUUCUUCAUGCCUUGCCCCAGCUGGAUGGGUGAAGAUGCAGGCGAGGAAAUGGUAUAGAGGUGAAGUCAAUGAGGAGAAAUAUUUGCUUACAGUGCUUCGUCCCUUGGAUUUGUUUCCUGGCUUUGCCAAUGGAAAUCAAAGAACACAGAGGAGACUUCCCUGCAGGUGGACGGCAGUAGGAGGGGCUUAUUUAACUUGCUUCUCAAUGCAACUCAAUAGGAGAAUAUGUCGUCUUGAAGUUGCAUAUUUGUAGCACUAACUUUCUUUUUAAAUAGAUGGGGGGAAACAAUGACCUAGAAAACCAAAUCCCAGUUUGGUAGCCAAAAUUAACCUCUUGGUUCAUUUGUUCUUUGUCUGAGAAUUCCUAAUGUUCAAUGCGUCAGACUUCUCACAGACACUUUGACCUGUCAUGGUUUUGGUUCUUCUUCCUAGAACUGAGCUAUUGAGAUCCUUUUAAGUCAAUACCAGUGGCCUUAAUGGCAGUAGACUGUGGAGUGACACUUGUGACACAAAUAUCCUCUUUUUUGGCCUGAGUUUAUGUAGACUUCAUGGAGGACUAUAUUUUUGUUGGUUGUUUUUGGUUUAAUUUUUGUUUUGGCUAUUGCACAACAUAUGCACUAGGGACUCUGGAAGCUGCUGCCAUGAUGGCUAAGUGGCCAAGGGAUAAACCCCAGAGAAACAGCACCUAAUGUCUCUGUAGGCCUCACCUUAUUGCCAUAGCUAGGACUUCUUGUUUCUUUGUUGAACAAAAAACUUUAAAAGCUUAUUUGGAAGCUUAAACAUAUUUUCUCUUUUCUUCACAAACAAGUGAUCUUCAGAACUCCUUGUCUCCACCUGGAUAUCCGUCUGGGACUGGCCACACAGGCAUGACUACAGGAUUCCUUCCACAUCAUGUGAGCAUGUUAGCCACAACCCACAGUGACUUAGCAAUGAAUUAUGUUGCUUUUUCUUGCUGUUCUUCUAUUAACCAAUCUAAAACAUUGGACUUUCGUUUGUGUAAAGAGUACCUGCCGACAUUUUAAUUUAAAGCUAAUGUUCGUUGAGCAUCUUACACACAAAAAAAAACAAGCCAAAAACCCUACUCCAGUCAUUGAGUGGGAAAUCGAGAACCUCUUCCAAGUACAAUGGCUUCAUUCAUCAUUAGCCUUUUAAAGAAAUUAACAAAGUCCUCCUUUUCCAUUCAUCAAGUUGAUGCUGUAGUCCACUCCUAUAUGAGAAAGUGUAAUAGCGUGAAUGGUGAAGGAAGGGUUGGAUUUUACACACAGCAGUGAGGCUUUCCAAAUGAUUGGUCUAAAGUAUUACUAACUUAGAGGUCCGUUUUGGCCUACUAUGUGAACCAUCAAGAAGUGGAGGUCUCAUGCUUGCCCUUCAGUCCUAUUGCUAAUUUGAUUUUGUUGGCUCAAAGAGGAUUGAAGUCUUCAUUGCAAAAGAAAAACAAAAAAUGUAUCUCACCAUAACUUGCAUUUCAAACUAUUUGGCACUGGCCCUGACUCCAAAGACUGCAUUUAGGACCAUAAAAAUGGCCUAUGCAAGCAGGCAGGUGGUCAUUUGGUUGUAUAUUUUGUAUAUUCUGGGACCCAUCCCUACAAGAUGUGUCUAGAAGUGAAACAAAAUGGCGCGUGGUCCAAAAAUGGUUGCUGCUCUUUUAUGCUGUAUUAGCCAACUGCCCUUCUUUGACUGUUUUGACGCAUUGACUGUUAAAUAUUUCCCUUAAUUUAUGUUUGGGGAGGUAAAACUGUACUCUUAGGGGGGAAAAAAGAAGAAACAGGAAAAUCAAUAGAUGAUUAAGAGCUGUCACCAGGAUCCUUGGCACUUGAAUUCUCAGUGUUUUCAUAGAAUCAUAGAAUGGUUUGGGUUGGAAGGGACCUUAAAGAUCAUCUACUUCCAACCAUCCUGCCAUGGGCAGGGACACCUCCACAAGACCAAAGCCCCACCUAACCUGGCCUUGAACACUUCCAGGGAUGGGGCAUCCACAACUUCUAGGGGCAACCUGUUCCAGUGUCUUACCACCCUCACAGUGCAAUCUCACGCUUUGCAACCUUCGGUUCCAGUGAGAGAUUGAAUUUACUUGAAAGAUGCUGGUUUUCUUCACAGUUUUCACAAAACACUGUGACUGUCAAUUGAACGCUUUGGGGACAGGGGGGAAAUACGAUGUCUGGCCCAUAUGGCAAGAAAUAUGGACCAAAAUCUAACCAUCUUUUGGGGACAAUGAUGUAACAUUCAUGAUAAGAGCAUGAGAGAGGGAGAGAGUGAAAAAUAGAAAAGAAAGGAAGACAGAGAGAAAGAGAGAACAAAAAUUGAGUUUAUUCCAAAGAUUUUAAACUAACUAUACUCUAUAUGUGUAUAUAUAUAUGCUUAUAUAUAUAUGUAUACAUCUAAAAAUUGCAGAGCACUGCUUGCUGACAAUCUCGUAUUUCUCUGUAUUUGCAUAGUUUUUAAUGGCCAUUCCACCCAGCUGUUCCACUGGGACUGAGGGCCCUACAAUCCAAUUUGUGUUGGAAUAUAUAGAACAUCCUGCCAGAUGUCUAAUGGGAACUGAAACCUCAGCUGUGUGAAACUGUAGAGCAUCCAGUCAGUGUAUUAGAUUAAAAAAAGGAUAAGAGAAUCCUACAAUUUCAUUACUGUAGUGUCCUGAAGUGUGUGCUCUCAAACUCACCACUAUGAUAAUCACUGGCUGUCAACCUGUAUAAAUAUCCUCCUUUGACCUCUGAACACACCUGCCUUUAGACACGCUGUCAGUAGUCUACAAACCUUAAUUAAUAAGUGACAGUUUAAGUACCAGGCUCUAUUUAAAACUAAAAAAAUGAAGCAAGACUCUUUAUUUACUUCCAGUUGUCAUUUAUGGUCUUCUUGACAUCUUAUUUAAAUAUGGCAGAACAAGGGCCCAUGGAAAAAAGCAUGCUAAAAUGUCUGAUUAUUUUGUUCUAGAGGCAGACCUACAUCUAAAUCUUGGAUCCAAAUAGCCUAAAAGCAUAGCUAAAAGGGGAAUAAGAGACUUAACCACAUUUCAGACUUUUCGGGCUCUCUCUGUAGUAGGUCUUAAAUCUGAUGCCAAAUUUUGAGCUUGAGGAACAUCUCUUCUGCUUCUAAAGGGAGAUAUUUUUCAUUUGUAUACAUGGUGUACUCAGCCACUCUCUAGACUUCAGUUUUUGGAAACAAGUGUCUUACUCAUUAGUAAGGUUUUGAACUAUACCUGGUAUUUUGUAGGAGUCUCCAUUUUGGAAAGGCAUAAUUAGGAUUCAACAUCCCAGGAUUCAUUUUUUACAGUGACAAGAUUUGUUUCUUCACAGAUAUUUUAAGAUGUGCGCUUCAAACUUUGUCAUCUGUUAUGGCUAGAUUCUUUUGAGCCUGUGUCUCCUUGCUAAAGUUGUCCUCUCUUCGUAAACUAUGAGUAGAAACAGACUAAUGAGGAAAGACUAAUCCUCUCUAAGGCUUUUUGGAAGCAAACCCAGCAGCAGAUGAUUUGGUGACAGUUGAGGACUGAGUUAUCCAGCUAUAGAAAGGAGAAGCUUUACCUUGUUUUUUUCAUGCUAGAUUUAUGCCUGUUUGCAAAAGAGAAGCCAUUAUAAGAAAGUCAGAUUGUGAUUUACAAGGCCAUGGAACUUCAGGGUGAGAACAAAUUGAGACAAAAGUCUCUGAAAAUAGUGUACAUAGAGGAAGCAACUAAACAAAUUUUGUUAGGAGAUAAAUAAUAUUUUGGAGCAGAGCAGUCAAUGAUAGAAUCAUGCAGAUGGGAAGGGGCCUCCAGAAACUGUCUUGGCCAACCUCCAACUAGAGCUGGUUGCUCAGGGCCAUAUCCAGCUGAGUUUUAAAUAUCCCCAAGGAUGGACAUUCUACAGCCUUUUUCUACAAGCUCGUCCAAUAUUUGAUUACCAUCAUGGUAAAAUUAAAAAAAAAUCUAAAGUCCAUGUUUCAGGUAGGAAUUUUUCAUGUUCCAACUUGUUUUCAUUGCCUCAUUCACUGUGCACCUUCAAGAAGAGUCUGGCUUCUUCUCUGCACUCUCUGUUAUGUACCUGUAGGCAGCAAUAAGAUCUACCCUCACGUUCCUCUUCAUGAGGUUGAACCAUGUCUUUCAGCCUCUCUUCAUCCAUCAUGUGUUCCAGAACACGAUCUCCAUGGUAGCUGUCUGCUCAACUUUCUCCAAUAUGUCAGUAAUUUUCUUCUAAUGGAGAGACCAAAACCAGACAGAAUAUUCCAGAUCAAGAUGUGCUUCAUGUGUUCCAAUAUUGAUAUAAUUUAUUUUGGAUUCUUCAGUUACCUAAUUGAGACAAGUUAUACUCUAUGAUAAGAUUCUAUUUUUAAACGGACUUAUGAAAAACUUUAAUCAGGAAGCAUCAGUAUAAAGAUUUUUCUAAUCAGAUUUUUUGAAUCUGCGUAUAAAAAUAUGCUUGUAGAAAUACACUUUCUAUGCUGCCAGCUUGAGGCUUGGCAGGCAAAAUUAUGUUUUUCCAAUAUAAUCAUUGCUGGUUUACCUUAAAUUAAAAAAAUUGUAUUGUUUCACUCAUGCUAUGUCAAAUACAAACACAAAUGAUGCUGUAUUUUAGUCACUUUUUAGACCAAAACACCACUUCAGUGCAUCUUUGUUCUGUUUCUUUUUCCUCUUAGGAGAUAAAGAGCAAUCUAAACUAUGACAUGUAUUUUAUAAAGAUUAGUCUAACAGAAAAGGGCAUUCCAGAGUCCGGAGUAUUUUUCAUUAUCCCAGACUUGUUCUUUUUCAGAACAGUAGCCAGGACUCAGUCUAGAAAACUGUAUUAGCUAGAUAAAUUGGCAAAAGAGGAAGGAUGAAUUGAAAUCCUAGAUUCUUUCAGUGUUCUGGACAAUGCUCCGAGCAGUCUGAUCUAACUAAACUGUUUUUAUACAGAGGGUUGAAUUAGGUGACCUCCAGAGGUACCUUCCAACAUUAAUUUUUCUGUGUUUCUGUGGUUCAUUUCAGUGUUCUGAGUGAUGAAUGUGUACUGGUUCUAGUUUUUCCCAGUGGUGGAUCAGAGUGCUGGUGGAUCAGACUGUAGGAUAGAUCUUUAGGGUUUCUCACAAACUCUCAUUCUCAUUAAACUUUAUAAGGCUUCUUCAUGAGGAAGACUUAGAGAGGAGGAAAUCUUUAAAGAAAACCCAAACCCCUUAGCAAACCAGUUUGAAGCAAUAUUAUACCAUGAGAUGUGUCACAGCUGCAGGGACCAACCAGAUAGUAUGGAAACAAGAUUGCUAGAGUACAAACCUAUGUGAUGUCUCAAAGAUGGUUUCCAGGACCUGAAAUCUAAGCCAAUAUAUAUUUCUACAAAGGUUAACUUUUUAUUAUUAUUAUUAUUAUUAAUUCUUAUUUUCCUCAGACUUUUUGGAAUUGGGUUUACUGGUAUGUUGUGUUUUUUUUAGGCUAGCACAUUUUCCCUUAAUAUGUGGAAAUAACUGACCAAACACAGAUGGGGAAGAAGAACCUGAACCCAAGAGGAGCCCCCAGGUCCUUGCUUCUGGAACUGUUUUAACUUCAGGAGUAAAAAGAUAAUUACUCACCAGGGUGUAUGGCUAAAAUGGAGUUGAUCCAUAUGAUAGUUACGGUGAUGGAGUGUAUCUGAUCUGUGACCUUCCUGAUAUUUACAGGAUCAGGCUUUUUCCCUUGUUUUUACCUGGCCCUAGGCAACUUGGGCUUCUUAGCUGUCUCUAACACAGGUAGUGUAUUUAUCUGCAUACAAAAGAGGUCAUAAUUGGUGCUUUUGACAAAACUGAUGAAGAUCCUACUUGCUUAAGUGUUUCCUUUUCUCUGCCUGUUCCCUUAAUGUAUGUCAAAAUUAAAAAAAAAAAAAAGAAAAAAAAAA